AUGGCUGCCGCCCCGUUCCCGAACUGGCUGAUGAUGGAGCGCUUCGUCUUCCGCAGGGACGACAAGGGGUCCUUCCCGGACGCCACCAAGGCGCCCAUCAGGGCGUCCGGCACCACCUCCUGGAACGCUCGCUUCCACAUCGCCUUCUGCCUCGCCGAGCCCCCGCUCCCCUCCCGCCUCUACGCCCGGCUGCCGCGUUUUCCAGACCCCAGGAAGCACACCCCCUUGGCCAUCCUGGCGGCGCACCGCCAUCUCCUCCUGCUUCGCAUCGGUACCGAUAUCCCCGGACUAGGGCUGGUGCAGGACUUCCUCAUCUACAGCGCCUACGACACUUCCUCGCUCAAAGCUCUGCCCCCUUGCACCGAGCCCUACACGGAUUACACCCGCACCGGUGACAGCCUACCUCGCGGUCCUCCGCUCGAGCAGGGGAAGCACCGCCUGCUGACGGUCAAAUCCAUCGGCCUCUUGUGCCGAGGCGGCGAAGGCGAGCAAGAGUUUGCGGUGGCGGAGCUCUGCGUUUUUAAGUCCGUCCACUCGGAGGUCUACGCUGACGUCUGUUUGCUGCGCUCCUCCACAUCCGCUGGCCCCGUGCUUGCCGGCGAAUGGAACGCCAUGCGUCUACCAAUCCUUGGCAUCGACAAUGUCAAUGAUCCUUGGCACCUCUGUUGCUGGGACACGGACGCCAUCGUCCCCUUCAACCGCUCGCUUUGCUGGAUCGACUACCACCGAGGCAUGCUCAUCUACGACGUCUUCGCAGAGCACGUCCCUACCGUCACCUUCCUCGCGCUCCCUCUUGAUGAGUUCCCUUCUGCUCACACUUUCCGUGAAAUCAAGCCAUUCAGCUGGUUAUACCGGGGUGUGUCCGCCAUUGAUGAUGGCCGUGUGCUCAAGUUUGUGAAUGUCACCCGCCAUGAUGGCAUUGGUCACGGGGAACUCAAAUCUGGUUCAGGCUUCACCAUCACCUGCCACACUCUCGCAUUAGGCAGCAUGGUGUGGGAAUUAGACUACAAGAUCACUUCGGCUGAGCUCUGGUCUUCCAAUCCGCACCUUCCACACACCGUCCUUAUGUUUCCUCAAGUAAACGUCGACAGGCCAUAUGUAGUGCACUUCCUCAUCAGCGAAUUCAAAUACGUCAUUAGGAAGAUGUGGGUGGUCAGCAUUGACAUGAGCACCAGGAUAGUGGAGUCAAUUUCCCAAUACAUCAAUGGGAAGGAGGGCCUUGAAACCGAUGAUGCUGACUUCACCAGAAGAAGGUCUGGUGCUCCCGCGUCCUUCCUCCCCUGUGAAUUCUCCAGGUUCCUUCGUCUCUCCAGAAAGAACGAGGAUAUGGGAUGA